CGACGACUUACGCCGAGAUAGUGAAAGGCUUCAACUCCCGCUCGAGCUCGGUCAGCUCCCGGCAGCCUAGUGCACAGAGAGUGCCCCACGAGCCCCCUCACACUCCCGCCGAAGAGGAAUACAUCUCAAGUGAAACAUGUGCACCAGUGUGUAUCGAAAGUGAUGUGGCCGAUGAGCCCAGUGAUCUAUACAGUGAGACUGUUGACGCAAGUGAAAGUGAUGCGUACAUGUCUGAAUCUAUUAUUUAUAUCCAACCGGAGGAAAAACAAUGGACUGCUGAAGUAUCGAUAGAAAAUCAGAACUAUCAAGAACAAGAGAUUUGCGAAAGCGAAAUAUCUGAACAGAUAGAGCAAGCUCCUAUUCAUGCGGAAUUACGUCCGCCUGAACAUCACGACAGAUCACUUAGUCCCGCGACCAAGUUGCGGACACAAGAUUUAUCUUAUGCAGAAAUUCUUGCAUUAGGUCUUCGGAAACAGGCAAAAACCCAAAAUAUUGUAUCAUUACCUGAGCCACAAGUAGCACAGGUGGAAAUGGUUAAAGAAAUAAUUGUAGAGGUGGAAAAGGCUCCCCCUGUAAUAGAAUAUGAACCCAGAGUUCAGUCAACAGAAUCGUUGCGAGUCAAAACGGACAAGUUUGAAAGACCUGCUCAGCGUAGUCGGUCUAGAGAUAUGCCAAGACAGAGACGUGCUCCUGAAAAGCGGUCCACUAAAUCCCACGAUACCCAAAUUAUUAAAAAGAAAAAACUUUCAAAGAGAGUUAUUGAAGUUGAGGACUUUGAUGACACUCCAGAACAACAAGAUUCUUCAAGAUUAGAUUCCCUUCCCCUUGACAGUAACAUACAAACAUCUAUUCAAACAAUUGAUAAACUAAGUACAGAAACAAGCUGUAAGGAGUUGGUUAAAAAAGUUCAGCAUAGUGCAACUGUUGUUGAAACGGUAACCGUUGAAAGUAUACUUGACCUUACUAAAUCUGAAAAUGACCAGAAAAAAGCUAAAAAGAAAAAUAAACAUAAAAAGCCAAAAGACGCCGAUGACGAAAUUGAGAAAGCCCUUAAAGAAAUAGAAGAAUCAGAUAAACAGAAAAAAAGAAAAACUAAAGAUAGUCGUGAUAAAAGUAAAGAAAAAAUGACAAAGGGCACAGAAUCAGAUGAAGCGAUAGAUAAAAACGAUGGUAAAAUGAAGCAAUUAGCCUCAAAAUUAGAUAACAAAGAAAUCACUAUUAAACAAAAGAAAAAGAAAAUUGUUACAAAGGAACUACAAACCUCUGAAAUAACUGAACCAUCUUCUGUUGCACAACAAAAGUCAAUUAAAAAAACAAUCACAGAAAAUGUAAACGUAGAAAUAGAAAGAGGCAAUUCUAGUAAAGAUGAUGAUUCUGGUGGUAGUUCAUGGGAAUCAAACCUAGAAGACCUAUCUGCUAAUGUUUUAAAAUAUCCUGAAGCCUCUGAUGACACAAAUCAAACGAUUAUGGAAGAGAGUAAGUGUUAUGAGCAUGAUCAGGUUAAUAAAUCAACAAACCUUCAAGAUGAAGACAAACAAGAAGUAAUACAACACUUGAUUCGUAACGUUGAGGAAUCCAAUGUUAAUACGGAGACUUUAUCUUUGACAAAAGACAGUAGUGUUAAAAACAUUAACCUGUCUACAGAACCAGAAUUAGAGAUAGCGUCCAAGCAAAAGAAGAAAAAGAAAAACAAAAAGCAAGGAAAGGCCGUGGAAGAGAUAAAUGUCGAUCAAACUAUAAUAGCAGCUGUAGACAAAACAGUUGAAGAAAACGUACAACCCAUUGGCACUACAGCUCAAGAAAUAUCUCAUGUCCAAAAGAAGGCUGAAAAAUCUAAAAAAUCGAACAAAACAGACGAAAAAGCUAAUGUCACUGAUGUUACUUUAGCACAGGUUAACAUUCUAGAUGUAACAGAUACUAGUAAGAAACCAAAAUCUAAGAAACAGAAAUCCAUUGAAAUUAAAGAUUCUUCUACCCAGCAGACUAUUUCUAACCCAUUAAGUACAAAUGCUGAAGAGAAAACAAGGUUUGAAACCUCUGGUGAAGUAGAAUCUACUGACGCAAAAACGCACAAAAAGAAAUCAAAAAGCAAGAAACCUAAAAUUGUUGAUGACGAAAUAGAACAAGCUUUGCGAGAGAUUGAUCAAACAAUAAGUGCUAAAAAGAAAACAAUCGAAAAGUAUGAAAAGAUAAAAGAUAAGCACCGAGAAACAAGACAAGAAGCUGUCAAAACAGAAAGUUUUAAAAUUAUGCGCGAAACUGAUAGUUUAAAAGUUGAAGAUUCGAAUAUAAUUUCAGGUGAUCAGGAAGUCAAGAGUACACUUGUAACUAUGGAUUGGAAUACUUUGAUGGCUGAAGAGGAAGACAUUCCUGAAUCAGAACUAGCACCCAUCACUCAACCUAGUAUCGAGACUGACUUGUCCCUCGAAAGUGAACAAAUUGCAACUGAAGUUACUAUACUUCCCGAAAUUAUUGAUGCAACAAAUAUAGAAGCUGAAAUAAAAGAGUGCUUGGAGAAGGAAAUAUCUGAAACAACUCAAAGUAUUAUCGAUCCUGACAGUAAUUCUAAUGAGCAGAAUAAUAAUAAAACGUUAAGAACUGAUAACUUAAUAGACAGCUCGUUCAAUAUAGUAGAGGAAAUAACUCGAUACGAACCUAUUAUACAAGAUAUGGAAACACGCACUAUUUACCUAAUAACACACGAAGAGAAAAAGUUACCGCCUAUAAGAACAGUGAAAGUAUUUAAUUCCAAGAUAAACUCUUCGAGUAUUGAUUCUCAAGAUGAAAAUGUCACCGAAAUUAAAACUGCAACCGUAACUUCGCAAGAAAAUAAUGAAAACAUCUUAGGAGAACCCCUAAUUUCGUCUGAUUUAAUCACAGAAUCUUUAUCAGAGGAUUUGAAAUCGGUUGUAGACAAUCAGCAUACAGACGUUGUUAUUGAAGAACAAUCGCUGAAUACAAAAACGGAGUCUGUUCCAAAACUAGAUUCUGAAGAAGCAAGAGACAAAGACAUAACUUAUUUAGCUGAUAAUGAUUAUAAAGAAAUUAUCGUCGACGAUAAAAAUCAGAGCAACGUUGAGGAAUACCAAUGCUCUAACGUUGAAGAGUUCUCAGAAAACAUACUUGAACAUGCUAUAUUUGGAUCCGUACAAGACCGCCAAAGAGGACAAUUAAAUACGAGUACCAUUCCGUAUCAAGAAUUAGAAGAGAUAAAAACGUAUUCCAUAAAUCUUGACAUUGAUCGACUGGACUUCGACUACUAUCAAUUAUUGGAUAAGCAAAGUAAUUCAUCUUCCAAAUGUGAACCGGAAUAUGAAAAUACACAAAUCGCAGAACAAGAUCAGGCAGAUGGUGAAAUUGUUCAAAAGGCCGCAGUAAGCCUAUCUUUUUCUGACAUAACUGAACAUUCUGGGUUUAAAGAAGCUCAGUUGAAAUGUGAUGAAGUAAAGUCUGUAGAUAAUUCAUUUACAUCUAUUCCUGAGAAAUCUGAGGACAUAUAUCCUGAAGGAGAGAACUCAAACGAUGUAAAAUCAGUACUUGACAAUGAAGCAACUGUUACAACUUCUUCUCAGGAUACACUUAAGAAAACAGAUUUUAAAAAUCGUGCAGAAACGAAUGUCAUUCAGAUACCACCUACUACAUACUUGGAAAUUGUACUUGAUACACAAAGUAUUCAAACAGCAACAUCUAGUUUAGAAAAUAAUCAGAAAUGUACAGAUGUCACUUCAACUUUGGAAGUUGAUAAUAAUGGAAUAAUACCUAAUAAACUUGAAAUUAUAGAAUUUAAUAAAGAAAAUGAUGUUCUAAAAUCAAAAGAUAUUAUGAACAUUGAAGCUGUUGAUACUACUGGUGUACUGUUUGUGCUCGAGAACGAAAUUCCACGUUUUGAUUAUCGAGAAAUAACUGACGCUGAAAAAUUCUUAGGAAUUAUUUGUCCCAAAGAAACGAUGCCAGUACCUAAACCAAGUGUAACAAAUGAAGAUGUUAAACAACCGGAAGUGCAUGAAACAAGCAUUUUAGAAAAAGUAACUAAUGAAUCAAACAUUUUGAUUGAGACCGUACCCAAAGAAAUUCUACCAGAAUUUACAAAAAGCCAUGACUCUGAAGAAAAUUCCAUUUAUUUAUCAAUGAAAAGAUUUAAUGAAGAGUUUUCGUUUCACUGUAUUUAUCACUGUAUUGCCGACGCUGAAAAGAUUUAUCCCCGUCUUGUAAACUUGUAUGAACAAGAACAACAAAACGGCUCAUCUUGUGACGUAAAUAUUGAUACGAUUGAAAACACUCAAGUUUUAACCGACAUUGACACAGUCGAGGAAAGCAAGACGGUAGCUGAAGCAGACAUUAUAAAUAUUACUAAAAACCCCUCAGAUACGAACGAUGAAGGAAACACUACAUUAGUUAGUGAAAACUUAUUAGAAAAUAAACCAAAUGAAAUUGAUGUAAUACAUUUUGAAAAGCCCAAAUAUGACUAUCAUGAACUGUCUAAAUCUGAAAUACUUUUAGCUUCUAUUUUAUCUAGAGAAAAUAAUAAAAACGAUCGUUCCAUGGAUGAAUCGCAUCAUAAUCAAAUAAACAUUUCAACAGACGAGAAACUUUCAGUGCCGUUAGAGAAUGGUAAUAAAAAUGAAGAAAUACAUUCGCAAGAUUUGAAUCCAGUUGAUAACAAAGAAACGACAGUAAACAAAACAUUCGUGCAAGAUUAUCAUGUCAUUCAUGACGCAGAAAACAGAUACGCGUUAAACCUAAGUGAAUCAACUGUUGAUACGGAACCGGCCUCUCUCGUUAAAGACACACUAGAACUCAUUCAGAUAUCUGAAAGUGAAGAGGUGCGGACUCAAACGUUACCUCAAAAUUUAAAUGAUAAUUCUUUACAGCCAAAUUCUGAAGAAUCUCACAAAGAGGAAGAAUCAAAGUCCCAAAGUGUUGCUAAAGUUCCUAAGAAAACCCCAAAUAUACAUAGUCCAGAGCCACAAACAGUUUUUUAUGAACCAAUUAUUUACAAUUAUAGUGACUUAAAAGAAGCUGAGCAUGUAUUUGCGCAAAAUAUUGCGUGUAUGCUUUCUAAUAACGAAAAUACGAUAGAUUCCGUUAUUAAUACUGAUACCAUUGAAAAUCCACCAGAAAAAAGCGAUGCUAUAUGCGUUACAAAUAAAUUCGAUGGCAAAGAUGACAACGAUCUUAACAAUGAAGAGAAAGCAGAAGUUUUCACAGAUGUUGAUAGUAGGAAAAAUGAACAAACGACUACAGUUGAGAUACAAGACUUUAAUACUCUUGUGCCUGCGGUAUUUGGUGAUGUUGCAAUGGUCGCUACAUCUAUUUUGGAAAGAGAAGCGAAGAAGAAGCAAGAAGAAGCUAGGAAACAAGAAGUUAAUGAACAAAAUGUAGAAUGCACCGUCCAAAACCAAAUAGAACAAGUUGAAUCUCCAAUAAAAGAGAAUAUAGAAGAAGAUUUUGUCGUGGUAGAGAAUUUACAUCUUAAUUUACCAGAAUUAGAAAUAUCUGUAGAAAAAGCGGAAGAUUCAGGUCAGGAAUCCAAUCCAAAUCUUGGUGACGAGCUUGAUUUCGAACACUCGUUCGAAGUUAUUGACCUUGAAAAGGAUGUGUCAUUUGAAUUACAAGAACCCACAGAAAUUAACAGUAAUUUUGAAAAGGUUCUAACAGUUGAACCACCAACACCAGCUGCUGGUAUUAGUCCUUCUUCAAUAGAUAAUGUUGAUGUUUCCUCUUCGACGGAACUUCUAUCGGAAUUUAAAAAAGACGAAGUCCAUCAUACAGAAGGGAUAUCAGAAAUAUCGAAAUGUGAAUUCGUGCCUCAAACUAUCUCGGCGAAAUUUAUCGAAGCGGAAAUCGUUCAUUCUGUUUGUUCCCCAACCUUAAGUACUGAUACGCAACAACAGGUUAGCAACGUUAUGAGUACGGAACCCGACGUACUAAUUGAUAAGUCUAUAGGUCACGAAAUAGAUUCAAAACAAUCUACUCGAUCCAAAACUGAAACUAGUAGCCGUCCUGAAAAAUCUCCUAUUCACAAUUUACAUGAUCUACUUCCAGAAAUCGAUUCCAUACCUGAAUUUAAACCUUCCUUCUCGACUACAGUUCUUAAUUCAAAGCUUUCUGCUGAUGCCCCUGAAUUUACACCUUCCUAUUUGUACAAAACAUUUGACCUAACAAUAUCUGAUUGUAAACAAGUAAAUACGCAAAUAUCUAAUAUCGAUGAACGAGUAUCUUUACAAACAGAUUUACAUAAAACUAACGCUACACCCAUAACAUAUUCUUCAAUUUUAUCUUCUAAGAAAGAACAAGAAAUACCUGAUAUUAAUAUAAAACAAAAGGAAAGUGAAAUGUUAUAUGACGUUAAAAGGAGUGAGGAGUCUACCGAAGAUAAGUUGGAGCCAAAAUCGAAACGUAACAAAAAACAAAAGCAAAAAGAUAAUAAAAAGGAGGUAACUGCUAUUAAAGACGAAACGUCAACAAUUGUAACAUCUGUUGACGAAGUUUCUUCCGUGCCCAUUCAUGAGGAACAAAAACAAAAAUCAGAUUCGGAUCAAAAAGAAAACAUUUGGACUAAAUUAUCAGAUGAUGGUAAAUCUUAUGCUGAAGUCUUAGCUGAAGGUUUAGUUGUACAAGAAAUUUCACCAAUCCAUGUUGUCGAAAACCAAGAAGUACAAUCCACAACAGAAUCUAUUUUAGAAGAAAAAACAGAAUCUCCUGUUACUGAAGCACUUCGAUGCGUCGAAUAUGAUAAUCAGGAAUCUCAUGACUCAUGGGCGAAAAUAGUUGCUUCGAAUCGACCAUCGCCUGAAAAGAUUCAAAAACUUACAUCACCGAAUGAACCAAUACAAUCAAAAUCUAAAACUCCCAUUAUUUUAGUUGAUGAAUCCGACUCGGAACAUAAUAAACCUGACUUAGAAGUAGAUGCAGAAGGAUUUAUAAAAGUUGACAGGAACAGACGUUCGAGAUCUAAGUCUAGAGAUAACCGCUCCAGUUCUGCUAACAGGACAAUGCGACAAACUGAUGUCCGUGAAAAAUCUGAAAAUAGGUUUAAUGCUCUAACAAGCACUUUAAAACCAGACGAUGGAGAAACAGUGCAAAGUAGUCAUUCUGACGAAGAAAAAGAACCUAUAAAGAAAGGGAGAAAGAGCCGUUCGACGAAAUCUAAAGAAAAAGAAGUAAAGACAAAAGUAGCACAGAUAGCACCCAGUACUUCCGAUGAAGAAAAACAGCCUGUGAAGAAGGAUAAAAAGAAGAGAUCUUCAAAAUCCAAGGAGAAGGUAAAUAAACCGUUAGAUGUAUCCGAAAAUUCCGAAACGUUACAGGAAAUUAUAGAAGUAGAGCCAAUAGACGUUCAACAAAAAGAAGACCUUUCAGUUCAGGGUCCACAAGUAUCGACCUUAGAGAUUAAAAAGAAAUCCAAAAAGAAAAAGAAGGAGAAGAAAGUAAUUGUAGAUACGACUGAUACUCCAUCCCCGGUUGAUAUUACUUCCUCGGAAGUAGAAUCUUCAGAACCAACAUACACGGUACCAUUAAAAUCUGUUGAAACUCCAAUUUCAACACCAGAAUCAAUUGAAACUCCUAUUAAAGACAGGUUUUAUGCUGAAGCCCAAUACUGGAAAGUAGAUCCUAGCGCCGUAGAUGACCUUACUAGUAUAUCCGAGAUUUUGACAGUCAAAAUUGACUAUGCUGAUAAUAAUAAACAAGAAAAUAUUGUAAUUGAAGUACAACAGGCUCCAGAAAGUGCAAAUGUUGAAACCACAAAAAUUAACAACGAAAAAUUGGAAGGGGAGGUUAUAUCAAAAGAAAUGGACACAGAAGCUUUAAGUCCACUUGAUUUACCAAAAACAAUUGAAUCACAGAGAAUAUCCGAUGAACAGUCGUUGGAAAGUAAAAUGGCUGAUUUACAAAGAGAAAUAGAAGAAAUGUUACUUCCUGAAAACGAUGCAUCCUUAGCAAGUGAUAUUACACCUAAAGAACUAACAGAUAUGCAAACCUCAUUAGAUGAACAACCAGACGAAAUACUUGAAAACAUCACGCCCUCGCUGGCAUCGCCUGAACCUGAAGAUAGUUCAGAAACUCAGAUUCCUCAAAAGGCCACAGAGAAUGAAGAAAAAUCUGUUUUAGACAUAAAAACGAUUCCAGAUAGUAAGAUAGAUCCAGAAAAUUUGAAACAAGAUAUUCAAGUAAACAAGAGUGAGCCUUCUAACAUCACGUCACUAAUUUUAGUCGAAACUCCUGAACAAAUUCUAAAUAAGGGGCAUGUCGAAGGUGUAAAUUCCACAAUAACUAACACUUCAUUUACACCAUCUACUAACAAUCUCAUAGAUAUACAACAAGACAAUUUCUGGAAGGAAAAAGCAUUAGUAGACGAUGCGGAAAAACUGCUUGUUGAACAAAUUUUACCUAAAUUAGACAAUUUUGCUUCUUCUCCACUAAAAUCUGACACCAAUCGUGAAUACACCAUCGAAUCGAAACAAACUCUCCCUAACGAUUCCGAUAUUCUCUCUAAUGGUUUUAUAGAAGCGCCUUUUUGGCCUGAGAAGCAUUUAUAUCACGACGCCGAAUGCGAAUAUUUCUUACAAAUGGCAAAGAAACAUAAACAUCAGAUUAACAUAAAUACUGAAGUAAAAAAUACGGACAAAAAAGACAAAGAUAAAGAUCCUAGUGGUGGUUCAGGUCACUCUUCUGAAUCUGAACAACCACGCGAAUCAAGCGGCUCUCCGUUCGAUUCCAACUAUUUAUCGAUGGAUCUUCCAGGCGGUAUUUGCAGCUGGAAAGAUCAUAGUUCUUAUUUGAGUUUGGAAACACCUUCUGAUUCACUGACGGGCUUGAUAAGUGAGGAUACUUCUAAAUUAGUUUCCGACAUCCCAGAGGAUAAACUAACCACCCUAUCCCUAGCGCCAGUUGCCCUUCUCCCCCCCGAGCAGGAGUCGCCGCCGCAGGAACAUGAGAACCGGACCACAGCCAAGGAUAACUUGUCUAAUAAUCUUGAGACACUCCUCGAGGAAGUGAGAAUCGUUCAAAGUCAACUAUCAGAUCUGCCGAAUGAAACACUAGACGCGAUGGAAGCAGGUCUCAAGGAGGGUAUAGCAGUUCUAGUCAAGUGUGAAGAAGCAGCAGUUCUUCUGGAACAGAAGAUAAUGGAAUACGGACAUGAAUCAGAAGUUCAGACAUUACUUAAAGAACUGAUCAUAAUGAAAGCAAGGAUCAGCAAGUUAUUAGAGCAAGCGCGGCAAGGCCUUCACACCAUCAAGGAUGCGAAAAUUGAUAUGGAAAAUCAAUCUAAGCAAAUUGAAGAGCAGAAGGAACAAAUAGCUAAAUUGGACAAUUGGCUAGAUGCAAUAAAUACAGAGCUUAAAGUGUCCACGAAACAAACCGAAGUACUCACUGAAGAAGAUAUUAUUAGAUAUAUAGAAAUUUAUGAACGUUAUAUCAGACAAUACGAGGAAUAUGAAAUUAUUCUAAGAUCUAUAACUGUGAUAAGUGUUGAUGAAUCUAGUCAAUCGAUGCAAAUUAAAUUAAAUGCAUUGAAGAAAACAUUGGAGGAAUCGCGAGUUCUAGUCAUUGCGGAGAUAGAGAGAUUGAGACAAAUAUUGAUAAAUAUCAAAUAUACGGCUGAUGUGGAGGAAGAAGUUUCACAAACAGACCGAACAAUUGAUUCCACUUCAAUGCCGGAGGAAGUUGUUUCUCAAAAGAUCAUAGAGACUGUCGAAGUUGUACCAAGUGUAGCUGUUAAAACUGUUCCUGAAGACGAUACUCAAUUUGAAUACGAAAAGGAGGGUGAAACAGUAGAGGAAAUAAAAUCUCCCAAGAUUGUUGAAUCUAAAAUAACGACAACAAUAGAAACUCAAACUGGAAAAAGUCUUAUUUCCGAAGCUCCGUCUCUACACGAUAAGUCGGUUAUCUGUCAACCAGAAAUAAUAGAAACUCAGGAUGUGUCCAUAACUUGUGCGCCACCACAAGAGGUCGAAGUACAAACAAGCGAACAAAAGUCAGUAGACGGUGAAGUGCUUGAGAAUAUUCAAGUUAAACAAACUACAUCAGAUGGCCAUGAAACUAUUAUAAUCUCAAGUCGACCUGUAGUCAGAGAAAAAGCAAUUGACGAAACUUCACUACUAGUCGAUGCUGACUACGAGGGUGAUUAUCAAAAUAAAAAUACUGAAUUGAAUAUAACUCAUAGUUUACCUCAAUCAUUUGAAACCGUAAUGGUGGAACCCGAUGAAACAACGACAGAAGUGGUAGUGGACGCAGAUGGUACAAAGAGAAUAAUUGUUAGAAAAGUGAGAAAAACAUUAGUCACAAGGCAACAAAUAUUGCACACGCAGGAACGUUCCUCGCACGUAUUGGACCCUGAUGGUCAUCGAGAUCACACGUACCAACAAAUAACACUUAAACAAGAUCAAGGUUCUACUCAAACUUUCGAUGAUGGUGGAAUCCAAAACGUACAAUAUCAAACAUAUGACGGUCAAGUCAUCACAGGACUUCCUGGACGAGAAAUGACGAUUCAAGAAUUCACAUCCAAACCAGAAAUGAUAAUCUCUAUGGGGCAAGAUAUGAACCCAGACCAAAUUCUUCAAAUAGCAGAAGGUAACAUUCAACCGGAAAUUCAGACAUCAUCUUCGAGCGUUACUGCUGUCGUUGAACAAGUCACGAAACGAAUUAUCAAAACCAGACGUCGUAUUAUUCGCCGUAUCGUUAUUAUCGAUGGUAAAGAGCACGUCUCUGAGGAAAUUAUUGAAGAACCCGACGAUGUCGAAGUUUCAGAAGAACAAAUACCAAGAGUAUCAAUUAACAUCAAUGAUAGAAAUGUACCUAUUGACAGAGACGAUAAAGAUGAUGAUGAUAAUAAACCUCCACCUGACGAUCGUGAUACGAAUCAAGAGGAUAAGAAAGUCAGUAACAUCCCAGAAGAUAAGAAUAAACAAGUAGAUAAACAGGAAGAUUCAAAUGAGGACGCUGUUAAAAAGAGUCGCGACUUAAAAGAAGACAAAGAUGAUGCAAUAUCAGAACAUGAUAGCAAUGUCCAAGAACACGAAUUAAGAUCUAGUCAGUUGUUGUUAUCCGGUAAUGAAGUUACACAAUUGGAGACAUCAUCGUCUCAUUUUGCUACCCUUACUCAGAAAGUAACGAGAACAGUAACAAGAACAAGGAAAAGAAUAAUCAAACACAUUCAAAUUAUCGAUGGAAAAGAACAUGUGACGGAAGAAGUGAUAGAAGAACCCGCUGAUGUAGAAAUUGUAGAGCUUGAGCCCGAAGAGACUCGUGUAUCUCUUGAUGAGGGCACUAAAAUGAAAAGAAUAAAAAUUGUUAGACAAGUACAAAUUAUCGACGGCAAAGAACAUGUUACAGAAAAAGUAAUUGAAGAAGAUGAUGACGAUGCGUAUGAGCCAGAGAUAAUAGCGGCAUCAGAUGUAGAGCCGUCUUACCCUCAAGAAUAUAUCGUAACCGAAACAGAACAACCUCAAUUUACAACAGCAGAUAAUAAAUGGGAUAAUGUUGCAGAUUUAACGUCUAAUUUAAUAGCUAGUGAAAUUAAUCAUAGUUUGAUAUCUGAACAAAAAGGUGAAAGGGAGGUAGUUAAAGAAACAGUGGAUGACAAAAAGAAAGACUUACCUAGGACAAAGGAACUUACGGAUACAAAUGAAUCUACUACUAAACCAGAAGUUAUUGAAGAGGUUGAUAAAAAUUUACAAAAAGUUACUUUACCAUAUUCACCAACAGAAAUUACACAAAAAGAAUCUUAUGAACCAGAUCAUAGCGUUGUAAAAGACGCACUACUCAAAACUGUUGAAGUAACUUCAUCAGACAACAAUACUCAUGGCACAAUCUUAAAAGAACAGACAGAAGUUACAAUGAUUUCCCAAAUGCCUACUAUUACCUAUGAUAUUGAUAGUCAAACGAAAAUAGACACUCAUGAUUUUCCCAAAGAAAGUGCAAUUCGAGAACAUGUAAGUGAUGUUUCUAUUCCGGAAGAAAUAGUUGUUUCUCUUGGCCAUAAUAUAGGCGAAAAUAUGAUACGUACUUCCUCGACUGUUACAGAAGGUUUUACUACUGUAACAAAUAGAUAUGUAACAAGAAUAAGAAAACGGAUUAUAAGGCAUAUACAAGUUAUUGAUGGAAAUGAACAUGUCACCGAAGAAGUUGUAGAAGAACCGGAAGAAGUUAUUGCCGAACCCUCAACCUACACAAUACAAGAAGAGGGAGUUAAAACUAGACGCAUAAGAAUAAUAAGGAAUGUUCAGAUAAUUGAUGGUAAAGAACAUGUAACGGAACAAAUCGUUGAAGAUUCAGAUGAUGAAUACAUUCCGGAUUCUACAGUCACAGCUAAUAUAGAUGUCAAAAUUGGUCCAUGUGAAAAACUUACAGAAACAGAAACAGUUGAGAUCAAGGAACCAGUAAAGGAAAUAUUACAAGAGAAACAUAAACCACAAGAAAUCUCGCCACUUGAAAUAUCAAAAGGAUUUAUAGACCGCGAAAAAGAACAUACUGUUUCUACGAUAACAUCUACAACAGUUACAAAAGAAGAUAUCACAGAUACGACAACUAAACCUGAAUCAGUUUCAGAAAAUAAAAUUCCUGAAAUCAAAGAAAUUGUAUCUCCCGCUCCAACUGACUCAGAUACUGCAAUUUCAACUAUUGUUCAAGAGAAGAUAAGUGUUGAUGUUCCUGACUCGCCGAGCAAAAUAGAUUUAUGUGUUACAGACAUUUUAUCAUCUAGUAAUAUCAAACUUGACUCAGUUGUAAAAACAGAAGAGGACGUUUCAAGUGAAAUUAAAUCUGUUCCGCAAGUCGUAACUAAGACAUGUGAUUCUGAAAUCGAUAUAAUUCCUCAACUUUCUGAAGCUGAAAUACCAACCGCAGUACCAGCAACUAUACCUGAACGUCAACUUUCCGAAGCUGAAAUACCAACCGCAGUACCAGCAACUAUAACUGAACGUCAACUUUCCCAAGCUGAAAUACUAACCGCAGUACCAGCAACUAUACCUGAACGUCAACUUUCCGAAGCUGAAAUACCAACUGCAGUACCAGCAACUUUACCUGAACGUCAACUUUCCGAAGCUGAAAUACCAACUGCAGUACCAGUAACUUUACCUGAACAAACAAAAUCUAUAAAAACCACUGAGACUGAAUUUUUAAUUGAGGAUAACCAAUUACAAAUCACUAAUAAGGACACAAUAGAUGAAACUCAAAAGCAGUCUUUGACUGAUAUCACAAAAUGUUUGAUUGAUAGUGAGAGUAGCCAUUUCAUUGUGGUUAGCUCGCCUGAAAGCACCAGAAUAGACAAAGACUUGCCAGCUGAUAGCGUUAAAGUUACACCUGAAGUGGAAGUAGUUAUUCCAGGCGAAAUAGUCUCUACAACUGAAGCAAGUGUCAUCGAUGUUACUGUAGAGGGUGUUGAAAAAUCUCCCCUAAAGGAGAAAGAAUCGAUUGUAGAGACAAGUGAGCCCGAAAAUGAACCUAUAAAUAAUGAAAAUAUUACGACUGACGCACAAAGUGAUUUAAAGAAUACUUCUAUUCUUGAUGCAACAAAAUCUUUUCUGGGUACGGAAUCUGAACAUUCCUCAAUCGGUCUUAAGGUAACUAAGAUCCAAAGUGAGCCAGAAAAACUAACUUCCAUCCUUGACGAUGUAAAUACAGAUAAAAUGACCAUUCAAGAAAAAGUCACCGUGACUCCUACUGACAUACAAUCCGAUGAUAACAAAUCGAUGACAAUUGCCAAAGGCGAAAUCAGAGAAAGAGAUGUAGAAGAAAUGCUUUCUCCGGACGACCAGAAGGAAAGUGAAGAGGUCGAUUUGCCUCGUCAAGAUGUAGCGCAUACGUUGCAAGAUACAAAUAUUUUGAUAUCUAAAACUGACGACCGAGUAACGAUAGUAACAUCAGAAGGUUUAAUAUCUCCAAAAGCUGAUGUUGAAGUUUUUAGUAAAGAUUUAGAUCGAAAGAUUCCUUUGCAAGUACCGUCAAACGAUAAAGAUAUCCCUAUUGUUUUAGACGAAGAUGAAAAUAAUCUGAUUAUAGAUAACAAAUAUCUUGAAACUAUACAAAAAGAUUCACAGUUUGUGGGUUGUCAGAUGCAAGAACAAUAUGGUGAUAUAAAAUGUAUAAAAAUAGUUAAACAAAAAGUACUUAUUGGUGACCAAGAACACACCACUGAAGAAAUCGUCGAAGUGCCAACUGAUGGCUCUCUACCCAAAUCCCAUUUUACCACACAAAUUGAUCUUUCUAUAAGCAAAACCAGCUUACAAGAAAAAGAACCAAUCAAAGCAUCAGACAUUUAUGCAAAACCAGUUGAGACUACGAAAGAGAAAUUAGGUUUUGAAAAUACUAUUGACUUUAUCACGAGUGAAGCUGCUCAUACAUCUCAAUUACUGAAGUCACUAAAAGAUUUAUCUGAAAAACCACAAUCGGAUGAAAAACCUGAAGGUGUCCAUAGUUUAUUAGAAUCGGUUGAUAUCGUACCUGAACAACCUCAAAUCGAAGAAUCUCAAUCGAAAGACAUAACUACACCAACUGUUAAGUACGAGAAUGAGCCAAGUAUAGUAUCAGAGUCUGACAGUGUUGCAGUUCCAACGGUGCAAAGUGAAUUACAAAAAGUUGUUAAUAUAGAUGGAAGUACACAAGACGAAACGCAUAUGUUAAGUCUUGUGACUGUUGAUGCUGGCAGUACGCAGAGGACGGUUGAUGUUACUCCAAUACAUACAGAAUCUCCAAUUACUGAAGCUGACAUAGCCGUUCAGCCUGCGACCUCAGAGGUAUCAUACAUAACGCAGUUCGAGCCGCAACAAACGGCACGUGAUGAACCUUCAGAAAUUACAGUAACAACGACACCAGCUACUGAUUCAAAAGCAGAAAUUACUCGAUUCAUUGAUUUAGAACGACAUGAUACACAUCUACGUGACAUGAAGUUAACUGGGCCCGAAAAUAAAGCGAUACAAGCCGAUAUUCCAAAAGACGACACACGUCUGAGUACUGCGCAAACUGUCGAUGUUUUUAUGUCUAUUGAAAAGACUGAUAAUAUCAAUAAAACCGCACCUAGUGUACAACUGGAUCUUAAAGUUGAAAAUUUAGACCAAGGAGUUUCGUCAAUUGUGAAGAAAGAUGUAGAUGUAAUUCUUCCAGCAGAUAUAACAAUCACUAAAGAACCAGCUAAGCCAUUUGUAGAAACAGAACCUGUUCCAGAAACUUUAACACAACAUCCAAAGACAAGUGAAACACCUAAAGAGAAAGACAAGGUUAAAAAGAAACCUAAAAAGAAUAAACAAAAACGUCCAUCAGAAUGCAGCGAUUCUAUUGAAAUAGAAUUACACACAGAAACAGACCGGACUAUUAACGAUACAGAAAGUUCAUCUCUGGGACAUUAUGUGGAGCUUCCUGUCUCACCUCAUCUCGAUUCUCCAAAGCCCACAGAAAAUGUUAUACAAACAAGUAUUACACAGCAGGCUGACUUUGAGUCAUCUCCUGUUUCUGCAGUGUCGGUUCCUGAAGAUAAGGGCUAUGAACCGGAAGAUAUAUCUUUGUGCCCAACACCUUCGCCAGAUAAAAGGAAACGGGGCAAAAGACGAAAACCUAAAGUAACUAGUGAACUGACAACAUAUCCUAAGCAACAAACCACAGAAGAUGCUACGCUAGUAUCUUCCUCAAUUGAUACCGACGAGGAUCUUGGGCGAUUGAAAGAUACGGAAAUUCAAGAAAAGGUCAGAAAAGAAGACACUAACCUAGAAGAACCAAAUGGUUACCUUUUGCCAAAACCAGAACUAAGUGAAAUAAUAAGUUCUGAGACUAUUUCCAAUUCACCAAAGGAAGAAUCAUGCCAUACUAUAAGCGAUGCUUCAGACGUAAGCACUGUUAAGAUUGUCGAAGAAUGCGUAACGGGCAGUCCUGAAAUAGUGCACGACAAAAUUUCAACAACUGUAACUUACCCAGUACCAGUCGUCGAAGAAAUUCUGACACAAGAAUAUUCGGUACAGACUUCGCCUGAAACUGUACCUGAAUUGGAAAUGGUUGAAACUGAGAAAGCUGUUCUACCACCACCUGAAACAGCAGAUACUAAUUUACAAACUUCGCCGACACCAGUUGACGAAGUCUUUGUACAAACUUUGCCUAAAGAAGAUAAAGAAGUUCAUACCCAAACAAUUUCCAUAGAAACAUUGGAAGUACAAGACUCUGAGAUUCAGACAAGUAGAAUUAAUACGCCUGAGGUUAAAGCGCAAUCGGAGGUUACGACUCAAGUCAUUCCACAUGAUGUAAGCUAUUUAGAAGAAAAGAAUUUACAAACGUCACCUAUACCGGAAUUACAAGAAAAUGUCGACGUCUCAGAAGUAUCUCCAAUCGACGUUGAAUCUAUUGAAAUUCAGACGUCUCCAUGGCCUCAAAUACAAAAAGAUGAAAAAGGAACUGAAGUUACUAUUGAAACUGCAGAUACAAACGUCCAAACUUUACAACAUGGUAUUGUUGACCAAGAAACCUCCACUAGCCCUGAAAAAAUGGCUGAUCUAAUAGAGAGCAGUGUCCAAACUUCAGAUGUUAUAACGAUCAGUAAGUUUACUCAAUCCGAUGAGGUAUCCUCCGUGGAGCAAGACAUUCCCGAUGUUACAUUGGAUAAAGAAUUUACAAGGCUUCCUGUUGAUCACAAAGAACAAAAGACUACAACAUUAGAUUAUUCGCAACAAACUUCUCCCACACUUAUGGAAACUCUUAGCCACCAAUCUCUAAUUCCGAUUGAAAACAUCGAGAAAGUUGAUAACGGUCAACAAACAUCUCCCCGAGUAACUGUAGAACAAGCAACGUAUAUUUCUGAUAAAAUAGAUAAAUUUACAUCGGACAAAAUACAACAAACAACACCGAGAGACUACCCUGAAGAUGUUAUUGCUGACAUUAAAAAAGAUGUAUGCACUACCGAUCGCGUGCAACAAACAUCUCCUCGUGUAUAUUCUGAUGAUUCAAUUUCGACUUCUACUGAUGAGCCUUAUGAAAUCCAUCUAAGAGCACAAAUCUCAAUUCCUCAAGCUACAGACGACUUCAUUAAUAAUGAACGUCAAAUUCAAGAAGCACCUCAAUCAAUAUCUGGGGAUAAAUCUAAGCCUAAGAAAAGACGACACAGAAAGAAAACAGAUACUCCAUUACAUUCUCCUGGAAGCCUUUCUGAUCCCAUUAAUGCGGAACUUUCAAUUUCGGUAACACCAACUAGUGAAGAUCUAUCUAGUAGAGAAACAACUUCUAUCGAUGAAGGGAUAUCGCAAAUAACAAGUCCAGUUGCACCUCAAGCGCAGCAGUUUGUGGCCCAACCAAAACUUACAUAUUCCGAUGUUGUUCAAAGAUCAAAAUCUAAAUCUCCUUCACCCACCAAAACCAUUCUUCCGUUAAUAAAAUCAGAGAAAGCUAGAUUAAUCAAUUCAGUCGAAAAACGGACACAAUCUAUGGCUGAACCACAGAAAAAUGUUUCAGAAGAUUCAUUGACCAUAGCCUUAAUCGAACCUUCGAUGGAAACAUCUUACGAUCUGAUAAUUAAUAAAGAAUUAAAUGAUUUAAAGACAGCGAUCGAACUAAGGGAUAACACGAAGACAGAAAAAAGCGUACUUAUUGUUAUCGAAACUAUUUCAAUUUGGUUAGAAGAAAUUCAAUACAAAAUACAGAUAGAAUCUGUUACUCAAACUAAAGUCAGCGACAAAAGUGAACGCCUAAAAGAGCUUCAAAACCAUGUCGACAGUCUUAAAGAAAUUUUAUAUAUUACUGAAGUUAACGAGGAAGUAAUAACUCUAAUAGAGACGUUGACGCGUCAAGUUGAAGCAGUCAAACAAUUGAGUAGUAACAGUUCUGUAAAAGUGAAGGAAGUAGAAAACGAAUGGGGUAAAUUUUUGGAAGAUACAGAAAUGUUAAGUCUAUCCAUAGAACGAGUAAAGAUGCGACUGGACGAUAUGAUCAUUUUAGAGUUAUCAGUUCAACAAAAACUUGACGAACUAGAUAGUGUCGAAUUAGAAAACGUAGAUAAUACGGAUACGGUUAGGAAGUUGUUCCGAAGAUUCCGUAGUAUUGUUGAAGUUAAUCCAAAACGAGAAUGUCCGCUGAAGUUAUAUACUUGCGACGAAGAUACUAAACAGAUCGAAAACUCUAUUAACACCGAAAGAGAUCGACUCAUGCAGUUAAUGACGCUGGCAGAAGAAUAUGAACAAACAUUACAAGACUUCGGCCACAUAACGGACGUAGCAGAGGCUCUUCUGGACGGAAAGAUAAUUGUAUCCGACUUGGAACAUCUCCACGAAGAAAUUCAGAAGCACAGGAAAUUCUUUGUUAAUUUAAGCCACUGCCGAGCAAUACUUGAGUCCUUAGAAGAUAAUUUGGACAAUGAAACCAGAGCUAAAUUCUCGUCGCUCCAUAAUUCCCUACAUGACAGAGCUACUAAAAUAAUAGACCGAGCCGCCGGGCGUGCCCAGCAGAUGACGCUUGCGGCCUCACGAUGGAGCGUGCUGGACCACGGUAUGAAAGACGAGCAGCAGUGGUUGCGCGUCGCUCAUCAAAGAAUCCCGGACCUCACCAACGUUACAUCUAUGGAUCACGAGCAAUAUAUCAACCUCUACCAGUCCAUAAGCCUCGAUGUUUCUCAUCACUAUGCUAAAAUGUUACGUCUGCUAUCCAUAACUGAGAGCUUACAAAAUCUUAUCGUCUGCUCUGGUUUAGAGACUGAAUGUUCCAUAGCGCUCAACACUUUGUUAACACUGCAAGAUGGUAUCGACUCGAGAUUAACUAGGUUAAGGGCCUUUAAGGAAAAUUGGAUGACAUACGAACAUCUCAUUAACAGAGUCGAAAGUUGGAUGGUACUCGCGACCAGAGAAUUAGAAAACAUAACUCCUGAUAACAUCACAACGACUGCAAACUUAAGACGAUUCUGGGAACUGAAAGCACAACAUGAAGUACAUCUCAGCUUGAAGAAUGAAUCCGGUGUUCAAUUCGAGAAAGCUCUGGAAAUACUGCCGAUAUCUGACGAAAUGGUGCAACGACAAUUCUUCAUGAAGAUUGAGGACAAAUGGCGGGAACUAGCCUCCAGCAUCGGCGACCUGCAUGCUACCGCCAUACAAAAUAUAUCGGAUCCUAGAUGGCGCUGCACGGUUUAG